GGUCUGUGUCGGACCUGUUGUGCGGAUCUCGGUGCGGAUCGUUAGGUUUUGUCUCCGCUGGACCGGGCGGGUUUAUCCAACUUUGUCCGGGCGGGUCGAACUCCGGAGCAGCGCGGAGCAGCCGGCCGAGCUCAGGAAACGUCCUCCUGAUGAAGAAGGUUCCUCCUCAGUUUCCUCAUCGCAGACGCCGCCGCUCGUCUCAGCAGAUAUUGAGGAGCUGCCAUGUUGGCCUCCUCCAUCCCUCCAUCCCUCCUCUUCCUCCUCUUCCUCCUCUUUCUCCCCACCCCUACAACCUUCUCUGCUGAUGUCAUCGUGACCUCUGAACCCUCAAUACUAGCGGUGAAGCUGGAUGGCCCCCCCCUCUCUCACCUGCUACUGGACUCGGGGGCCGGGCGUCUGUACGUAGGCGGGGUCGAUCACCUGUACCAGCUGACGUCUGACCUGGAGGUGAUGUCACAUGUUCGAACCGGCCCUCACCUGGACUCCCCCGACUGCCUCCCCCCGAUCAAUCCCCAGGAAUGCCCCUCGGCCACGCCCACUCACAACCACAACAAACUGCUGCUGAUGGAGGAGGGACAGGGGGCGGAGCCAGGGAGUCUGAUUGUCUGUGGUUCUCUCUAUCAGGGCAUCUGUGACAAAAGGAGUUUACACAACAUCUCUCAGAUCAUCUAUCGGACGUCCAACCCAGUUGACACUCAGUACGUCGCGGCCAACGACCCUCGGGUCUCCACCGUUGCUGUGGUAAUAACCGUAGAGAACAAACAGGAAGUCAGCGGACCGCUGAGUCUGAUGCUGGUCGGUCGAGGCUACACCAGUAAAGGUCCUGGUGACAUUCCACCAAUCACGACGCGGCGUCUGUUCCCAGUGGUCCCACCUCGACGGGCAUUCUCGCAGGAGGAGGAGCUGGGAAAACUUGUUGUUGGAAGUUACUCAGAGUACAACAACCACUUUGUUAAGGCAGUCGCCCAUGGUGACCAUGUCUACUUCCUGUUCUCAAGGCGGGACAUGUGGCACAAGAAGGAGUACCGGACGUACGCCUCUCGGCUCUGCGCCUCUGAUCGCAGCUUCUACUCGUACGUGGAGGUGCCACUUCUGUGCCACGGUGGGUACAACCUGGCUCAGGCAGCGUGGUUAGGAAACCACUCAGGUGAACCCGCCCUGUUUGUCAUCAUGGCAGCGGGACAGGCGUCCACACCUGUAGCAACAGGACGUUCAGCGCUGUGUGUGUAUGGGAUGGCAGAGCUGGACGCCAUGCUGCGGCAAGCACAGGAAGUGUGUUACACUGAGGGAGGACGAGGGAGCAGUGGACAGGAGGAAGCCUACAUCGAGUACGCUGUGUCAUCGAAAUGUCUCAAACUGCCGAAGGUCUCUCUGUUGGAGUACCCCUGUGGGGGGGAACACACCCCGAACCCCAUCGCCAGUGCUGUGCCGCUUCCAGCCACGCCCACCUUCACCUCCACCACCCUGCUGACCGCCGUCACCACGGCAACAGAGGCAGGACACACCAUCGCCUUCCUGGGAGACAGAGAAGGGCGACUGCACAAGGUGUUCGUGCGCUCUGAUUGGUCAGGUGACCUGUACGACAGUGUGUUGGUGGACAGCGGCAGCCCCGUCACUGCUGACCUCUUAUUGGACGAGAGCCAGCAGCACGUCUAUGUUUUGACCAGCAGGAGGCUGUCGAAGGUUCACGUGUCGUCAUGUGAGAAGCAGACAGACUGUCAGACCUGUCUCACUAUCAGAGACCCGCACUGUGGCUGGUGUGUCCUGGAAGGAAGAUGUUGUCGUAAACAUCAGUGUCAGCGCCACCUUCAGUCCCAUCAUUGGCUCUGGAGCUUCGAACUAGCCAAUCAGUGUGUAACGGUACACAGCUUUCAGCCAGCCAAUCAGAGCAGAGAUGAGCAGACACAGGUAACGAUGUCAGUCAUUCAACUUCCCAUCCUCACUAAGGCGGAGUCUCUAUCCUGCGUCUUCGGGCUCCUCCCACCACAGCCCGCCAUUGUCAUGGGAACCAGCAUCACCUGUCAGUCACCUUCACCGGAGCUCCUCCCCGACAUGCCAGCAGGAAGUGAUCACAUGAUGCUGCCCGUGUCACUGAGGUUUGGUCACGUGACCAUCACCACAGGGAACAUGACGUUCUACGACUGUGGAGCCGUGAGCCGCCUGAACCAGAGCUCCCAGUGUUUGUCCUGUGUCUCCAGUGUGUGGGGGUGUAACUGGUGUCCUCUGGAUCAACUCUGCACUCACAACCAGAGCUGUCCCAGCCAACACAUCAUCCUGACCCAGAGAGACUCCCCUGGUCCGUCCUCGUGUCCUCUGGUCUUCUCCCUGCAGAGUUCUGCCUUAGUGCCUCUGGGUCUGAGCAGCAGUGUUGUGCUACAGGGACGGAACCUGGACGUCUACAAGGACAACGCCCCCUAUGUUUGUGUUGUGGAAAUACACAGUCUCAAGGUGAACCUGACUGCUGCUGUGGAGAGGACGCACAACAACACACACACCUUCACCUGCAGCCCACACCAGUUUCAGUAUACAGUCAGUCAGCUCCAGUAUUCUGCAGCUGUCUACCUGCGGAGAGGAGAAAGACGCAUCGACGUCUCACCUGGUCUCCACCUCCAGUUGUACGACUGCUCUGCCGGCCAAUCGGAUUGCUCGCAGUGUAGGGCGGUACCUGAGGAAUAUGGUUGUGUCUGGUGUCCAGGAAGCCCCACCCCCCGCUGUGUUUACAACCAAUCAUGCAGCAGCAUACCUGUAGACACCUGCCCACCUCCUCAGAUCACACAGGUGGUACCUGUCUCUGGUCCUCUGGAGGGCGGAGUCUUGGUGACGAUAACAGGUUCAAAUCUGGGGAUGAGUUAUCAGGAUGUGGUGGGCGGGGUCACAGUGGCAGGUGUUCAGUGUCUGCCACAACCUAAAGGUUACGAGAUCUCCACCAGGGUUGUGUGUGAUCUUCAGCCCAGUGGGAAGCAGAGGAAGGGGAGUGUUCUGGUUACCGUGGGAACAACCCCGCCUGGAAGAUCGAAGCAGAUCUUUACCUAUCAGGACCCUCAGCUCCUGGACCUGGUUCCUGAUAAAGGUCCAGUCUCUGGAGGAACCAGACUGACUAUCAGAGGACAUCAGCUGCUGACUGGACAGACGUCCGACCUGAGCGCCUUCCUGGGUCCACAGCCCUGCUACAUUGUCGGGGAGGUGAACAACACCCAGUUGAUGUGUCAGACUGGUUCCAGUCCUCGUACUGGUGGAGUCACAGUUCGGGUUUUCUUUGGGAAAGCGGAGCGGACCGUUCCCAACGUGACCUUCCAUUACCUUGACGAUCCCGUCAUCACUGAUGCCAAACCUGCGGAGAGCUUCUACGCAGGGGGGCGUGUCAUCAUGGUAACAGGCAGGAACCUGGAUGUGGUGCAGCAGCCAAUCAUAUCCGUGUGGGUGGAGCCUCUGGAGGUCCAGAGGGUGAAACGGAGAAAACGACUUGCUCUCCUCACUGCCAAGCAGCAGCUGGUCUUUAACAGCACCAUGACAACGGUGUCAGAGCGCUGUUCAGUUCUGUCGUCCUCCCAGAUGACCUGUUCCACCCCCACAGUGACCCCAGAGGUCAAAGUAAAAGGGGUGUGGUUUCAGCUGGACAACGUCAGAGUUCACUACGAGAGUAUCAAGGGUAAAAGCUUUACUUAUUACCCAAACCCACAACUUUUCCCUCUGAACCGAGAUGCUCCAGAAGCUCCGUAUCGUUUCAAACCAGGAGGAGUGAUCGCUGUGGAGGGUCAGGACCUGACCAGAGCCAUGUCCAGACAGGAAGUGACGGCUCGCCUCGGAGACCAGGAAUGUGAGGUGAAAACUCUGGACAACACUCACCUGUACUGUGAACCUCCAGAGAUCCAACCAGCGAGCGUGGACCAGAGCAACGAGCUGCCCAGCCUUAAGGUGUUCAUGGGAAACCUGCAGGUCGACCUGGGAUUGGUACAGUACGACAGUGACUCUCUGCUGUCUCCCGUCCCAUUGGCUGCUCAGAUCGGUUUGGGUGCGGGAGCAGCUGUCAUCAUCCUGUCAGUGCUGGUCAUCAUAAUGAUGUACAGGAGGAAGAGUAAACAGGCUCUCAGAGAUUAUAAGAAGGUUUUGCUGCAGUUGGAAACUCUGGAGAUCAACGUGGGAGAUCAGUGUCGCAAAGAGUUCACUGACCUGAUGACGGAGAUGAUGGACUUGAGCAGUGACGUUGGAGGACCAGGACUCCCCCUGCUGGACUACAGGACAUAUGCAGAGAGAGUUUUCUUCCCCGGCCAACAGACGGCGCUGUUGAGUCGCCAGCUAGACCUGCCAGACUCCAGGAGACAGACUGUGGAACAGGGUCUCCAGCAGCUGAGCAACCUGCUCAACAACAGACUCUUCCUCACCCGGUUCAUCCACACUCUGGAGGCUCAGCAGAGUUUCUCUCAGAGAGACCGGGGUUACAUCGCAAGUCUUCUCACCAUCGCUCUUCAUGAUAAACUGGAGUACUUCACCGAGGUCAUGAAGAACCUGCUGCAGGACCUGGUGCUGCAGUACGUCGCCAAGAAUCCCAAACUCAUGUUGCGCCGGACAGAGACAGUUGUAGAGAAGAUGUUGACCAACUGGAUGUCGAUCUGUCUCUACUCCUUCCUAAAGGAGGUGGCGGGGGAGCCUCUGUACGUGCUCUACAGAGCUAUAAAGUACCAGGUGGAUAAAGGUCCGGUCGACGCUGUGACAGGAAAAGCCAAACGAACGCUGAACGACAGUCACCUGCUGAGAGAGGACAUCGACUUCUGCGCUAUGACUCUGACGGUUUUGGUGAAGAAUGGCGUUGAGGUUCAGCCGUGUCCUGUUAAAGUUCUCGACACUGACACCAUCACACAGGUGAAGGAUAAGAUCCUGGAUCAGGUGUACAGAGGAGCUCCGUUUUCUCAGAGACCAGCAGCCGACAGUCUGGACUUGGAGUGGCGUUCAGGUCAGGCGGGUCACCUGACCCUGUCAGAUGAUGAUGUCACAGCGGUGGUUCAAGGUCGCUGGAAACGAAUCAACACGCUGCAGCACUACAAGGUUCCAGACGGAGCGACAGUUGCUCUGAUUCCUCGUUCUCAGAGUUCAGUUGGAAUCAACCAGGUGUUCCAGACUGGAGAGAAAACUCCGAUGCUAGAGGGUGAGGAGGAGGAGGGUCUGCGUCUGUGGCACCUGGUGAAGAGCAGCGAAGAUCCGGAAAUCCCAAAACACAGAAAGAGCAGCAUGAGGGAGAGAGAGCGCGCUAAAGCCAUACCUGAGAUUUACCUGACCAGACUGCUGUCCAUGAAGGGGACACUGCAGAAGUUUGUGGAUGAUGUCUUUGUAGCAAUUCUCAGUACAAAACGUCCUCCUCCGAUCGCAGUCAGAUUUUUCUUUGACUUCCUGGACGACAUGGCAGAGAAACAUGGUAUUGACGACCCAGAGACUGUCCACAUCUGGAAGACAAACAGUCUCCCUCUCAGGUUCUGGGUGAACAUCCUGAAGAACCCUCAGUUUGUUUUGGAUGUUCAGGUGAGCGACAGCAUCGAUGCCAUUCUGUCUGUCAUCGCUCAGACCUUCAUCGACUCCUGCACCACCUCCGAGCACAAAGUGGGACGGGAUUCUCCUGUCAACAAGCUGCUGUAUGCCAGAGAGAUCCCCCGAUACAAGCAGCUGGUGGAGAGGUAUUACAGUGAUAUCCACAGUGCUGCGUCAGGAUGUUAUCAGGAGAUGAAUUCUACUCUGACUGAACUUUCAGGGAGUUUUGCUUCAGAAAUGAACAGUGUUGUGGCUCUUCAUGAACUCUACAAGUACAUCAACAAAUACUAUGACCAGAUCAUCAUGGCUCUGGAGGAGGACAGUUCAGGUCAGAAGAUGCAGUUGGCUUAUCGGCUGCAGCAGGUUGCUGCUCUGGUGGAGAACAAGGUCACUGACCUCUGAUGACCUCUGUUGACCUCUGACCACUGGAGACCUGUGAGGUCAAGGAUGAAGAUGAAGCUUCUUCAGCAGCAAAUCACUGGACGCCUUUCAACAUUGUGUCUUCCUGCUGUGUGUGCAUGCGUCCUGUGUGUGUGUGUGUGUGUGUGUGUGUGUGUGUGUGUGUGUGUGUGUGUGUGUGUGUGCGUGUGUGUAAACCAAACCAACCUGACUCACCAGUCUGUGAAAAAAUGACAAUCUUACCAAUCAGAUCAGGGAACAUAUCUUCUGCUGCCUUGCACUACAUUUCCCAGAGUUCCCUGCUGCGCUGUUCUGCUGCCUGCAAAAAUUCAAAAAGCACAAUCGUAAUAGUUUGUAUUGAUUAUUGAUCUGCUGGAUGUUUUUUAUCUUCUGCAACCAGCUUCAUCACAACCUACAGGACGUGAGACGUUCAUUGAAUCAGGGAUUUUUUAAAUCAGUAUCAGUCUGACUCCAUUUUCUGGUCAACAGCAGCUGAAGCUGAUCUAUCAUCUAAACCAGGUGAACUUGACUUCGAGGGUCACGGUGAACAAAGAGCAAAGAAAAGGUCGAUUAAAAACGACCAACAAAAUCUCAAUUCUGGGGGUUUAGAUUGUGUGUGUGUGUGUGUGUGUGUGUGUGUGUGUGUGUGUGUGUGUGUGUGUGUGUGUGUGUGUGUGUGUGUGUGUGUGUGUGUGUGUGUGUGUGUGUGUGUGUGUGUGUCACUAACUUAUUGUGUGUACAUACUGUAAGUCCUAUUUAUACCUAUUUAUCCUGUGUAGGCCUUCACUCUCGCAGCUAGGUGGCACUGCAUCCUGGUGCAUCACGGGAAGAAAUUUAAAUAUAAAUUUUUAACUUUUAUUGAACCAGGGAGGGAAACAAACUCCUGAUCACUUGUAGAACUACAAGUCUAACACUGGAUGUAGUGUAUAUAACAGCUAGCAUAACAUACACUGUAAUAGAGAACAGCUAGCAUAACAUACACUGUAAUAGAGAACAGCUAGCAUAACAUACACUAAUACAGAACAACUAGCAUAACAUACACUGUAAUACAGAACAACUAGCAUAAAACACACAAAUUCAGAACAGCUAGCAUAACCUACACUCAUACAGAACAGCUAGCAUAGCACUGGGCGGCUGUGGCUCAGGGGUUAGAGCGGUCGUCCUCUAACCAGAAGGUCCACGGCCUCAGUCUUCCCCAUGCCGAAGUGUCCUUGGCCAAGAUACUGAACCCCAAGUUGUCCCUUCUCAUAGAGAAUGUGCUGCACAUAGAUGCACUGUAUGAAUGUGUGUGUGAAUGUAAAACUGUACUGUAAAGAGGUUUGAGUGUCAUCAAGACUAGAAAAUAUCUUUAUAAAUACCAACCAUUUACCACUAAACUGUAUUAUAGGACAGCUAGCAUAGCACUGCACUCUAUUAUAGAACAGCUAACAGGUGUUAACAAAGAUGGCUCCUAUGUACUGUCAGAUAUGCUAGCUGUUUGAAAUGAGCUAUUUGAAAGACGCAUAUUAAAGCAGCAGAUAUCUGAAAACCGUGGGUUCAAAUGCUUUUGUGGUAUCGGUUUGCGUAGCAGCCUUACGACGCUGCUGUUGUUAGCUAGCUGAAGUGACACUAGUUACCGACCUCCAUCGUUGUUUUAGUUUGUUUAACCUAUUUAUAGAAGCAUGUUAUAUUUUUAACUCUGAUCUCAAUCAGCUGAAGUGUCACUGACUGAAUCCAACAUCAUCAGCAGCAAUAAUAAAACAGAGAGAAACCCAACUGUGUCUCCAUGGCAGCAGUUAGCUGUGGCUGUGUUUCCUCUGUGUGGAUUCAAUCACUGUGGACGUCAUGGUUUUAUUUAGUCUUCUUCCGUCAGCUGUAAAGUGAGGCUGAACUCUUCCUGGACUCUGUAUGUUUGAGUGCAAGUGAACUGAGACUGAACCCACCGGGCAAUAACUCACAGUGUUGGUUUGUGCUGCUGGACUGAAGCACAAACCUCAAACAGCUUGUUUUAUAUGAGAUGUGAAGUUUUAAAUGUUUUCUGAACCAUCUUCUCUGCGUUUCUUCUUCUGAUUAUUGCUGUUUAUCUCUCCUCUGUGUUUUUGCCUUGCGUGUUUUUUGAGCCUGUGUUUGACCCGUAGUUGUAGUUCUCUGAUCAGAUUAGACAUCUGCAUGCGUGUAACGAUGAUGACGAGUUAUGAUGCUACUUUUUUUUUCUAAAUGAAGACAAAAGGCAGAGCCUAAACUCUGCUGUGUCACCAUGUUUCUCGAUGGAGGUGAAGGUUUGACCUUUGACCUCCUGAUCUCUGUACAGUUUUCUAAUCUGGAUGUGAUGAAACAGGUCCUCUGCCCUGAUUGGUCGAGCUGUUUGUUGCUGAGAUGUUUUUUCUACAAGGGAAUAAAAAGUUUAAAGUGUUUGUAUAAAAUGAGCCAGGAUCAGUUGUGAUGAAGCACAGACUGUUUUUCUAUUGACUGUGUACAGUUUGAUAACAGUGUGUAAAUAUAAAUACAUGAGGAGGAUGAUCAGUGCGUCUGCAAUGGAAUGCGUUUUUAUUGUGAAGAAGCAACACAAUUUGUAUCAUGUAAAAAUAAAGUUAUAAUUUUAACAGUU